CCAGCGCAAUUGGACUGGGAUGCCGCAUUGACGUGUGCCCCUUCUCAUUGCCUAAGCCGUGGUGCCCAUUUCCUCCGAUUGCUCACCGCAGAACUGAAUCUCCCCGUCGUCCUUAACUGCACGCUAAUAGGGUUAAACAGGGGAAAUCUAUAUGAUAUUCCUUUUUCAUACUAACUGUUGUAGGACCACAUCCCCAGCACCUACACCGUCAAUCUUAAUAUCUGUAAAUUCGUGAGCAGUGACAUCUGUUGGAUAGUCCUCCUUUAUAUCGAUCGGAUCCAACUCGACUUCAUCAACGGCUGAAGUCUCUGCAUCGCCGCCCAGAACAAAUUCGACCUCUUCCGCUUUCAGGUAUUGUGCGGGCAGGUGUUUCGAGGCAGAAAAUCACCAGGAGAUCAAGGCGAAGUACAAGGAGUACAAUACAACACCUUCAGCUGAAGAACCUCACCUACGCCGAGGCCAACUACACCUAGUUCUCCAGCAAGUACACAACGUACUCAUGAACAGUAAACUGCAGUUGCAAGACCCUCGCCGAUGAUGCCUACUAUUGCAACAAGGAGCUGGUCCACCUGCUCAUCUUCGACGCCAGGGUGACAAACUACAGCUAUGGCUAGUGGAAGUUUAAGAAAGAGGAGGAGUGCCAACUGAUUACGCGCUUUCGGGGCCACAAUGAGUGGGCUCACCCGCUGGCAAUUCAUCUUUGGAGAGGUGGAAGUGGACACGGAUCAGGAGUUCGGCGACUACCAUACAACGGCCAUCGACGAGACCCGGUACAAAAGCGCAAUUCUGCAACAUCCAGAGGAUCGUACGGAGAGCUUCGUGUACUCCGUAAAGCACUACAACGAUCCAAUGGAGGAUAGCGAUCUCGAGGUAACCACCUCGCAUGCCAUCUUCCCGCGAGAUGGGCUUUCAGUUCUCCCACACCCGCAUGUGGGAGCGAUUCUUCAGCAUCGAAGGCCGGGAAGUGGCAGAAGUGGGAGUCCUGAACAUUUUGGCAGAAGUAAUUUUGAGGGAGUUCUAGACCCCCCCUUACACAAAUUCAAAAAACUUCCACUUUGGCGCGCAGCUAUGUCGUUUUUGAUUGCACCAUUUUCCAAUUUCUACUACAUAUUCUUUGAAACUACGUAACGUAACGUUUAUUUCAUUAAUAUGUAGUUGACAUGAAUACGCUGUCUACGUAACGUUUAUUUCAUGAAUAUGUAGUUGACAGCAAAAUCUGCAUAAAUGUCAAAUGUAGAAUGAAUUUCCGCAUUUGUUUAAGUUCCGAAGCUUAGAUCCACAUUUUGUGCAUCCCUAGAAUUUUCGUUACAUUUUUUGGUACCCAAAAAAGCACCUUAAAAUCGUUA